AGGGGGUGCUGGGGAGAGCCCGUUUCCCAGCGGCACCUAAAACAUCGGCUGCUUGCACGGUGAUGCAUCUGCCUCCCCCAUAAUUAAUUUUAAAGAGGAAAAGGCAAAGUGCUGACUAAGCCAGGCCUUUGCCCUGUGAAGCCGCGUGAUUCAGGAGCUGCUGAUGGCACAGCCUUGUCCUGUGCAGUAUUUCUCUGAGGUCGGGAAAUGCCUCCUUUCCCUGCUCCAAAUUAAAGAAACCGUAAUAUUUACCAUCAUUAUCAUCUGCAGGACCCAAAAAUAUUUUUGCACCGUGCAGGAUCCCAGGGGCACAUGCUGAGCCCCAUCCCCAUGGGACACGGGGUGAAGCAGUGCUUCCUUCUCGCGGGUCCCAAAUCAAGACAAAUUCUCAGGAAGCAGGGAAACACGGGCAGGUGAAGGGGCACUGUCAAGCCACUGCUAACCUCUCCCUCCACUUCUUACAGGUCUAACGCCUCCGUUCCUGAACAUGACUUUCAUCUUCUGGGGUGACGCAUGUCCCUGUGGCCCUGCCUUGCAGAGUUUGAUGGAGAAUCGGUCGGAUGACAGCAGGAACUGUUGUUAUCACCGGGGGAAUCCUAGCGACAGUGAUCCUACUGUGCAUCAUUGCCGUGCUCUGCUACUGUAGGCUACAGUACUAUUGCUGCAAGAAAGAUGACUCUGAUGAGGAAGAGGAGGAGGAGGAGGACGAAGAGGAAGAGCCAGACCUUCCCACACACUCGCACCUCGGCAUGUGCAAUGCCUGCAGCUCCCACAUGGUGGACGGCCAGGGAAGCCCUGCGCCCCCCGCCAGCGAGCUCAACCAGCACGGGGCUCACAACUACUGCCCGACCUGCUCCCCCUACGGCUCCCCCUUUUACAUCCGGACUGCCGACAUGGUGCGCAACGGGGGCGAGAGGGUCACCUACACCCCUGCAUGCUACAAGGAGAUGGGGCCGCCCAUUAACAUGGGCACCCUGCAGAGCUACCUGGUGAGCCGCCACAGCCUCCUCCGAGAGAGCUUCCCGAACCCACGGGCUAUCAGCACGGAGGUGUAGUCACCAUUGCCACUAGCACAGGGUGUUCCCAGACGGCACCUGCUCGAGGGAAGGGGCUUUUCACUUGUCUUUGGAGGGGGGGUUCUGCAGAAAAGACCCCAUAAGUCCAGCCCGAGACCAGCAUGGUCCUCCUGCUGAACCGCCCAGCGCAGCUGAGCUUUUUGGGCAAGAAGACAAGAGAGACCUCAAAUGACAACAUUGAACCGGUCACCUCCGAAUCCAUCAUAAGUGUCAUUAUUAUUCUACUCUAUCUCCUGAGGGGACUUGUCUAAUGAGGGCUAUGUACAGUACAACCUAAUUUAAUUACCCCAGGCUCCCCAACUCCCCAGGCCUAGAGUGAGGCAUUGGGUGUCCCCACACAGCCACCCGAGGCGAUGCCCACCACCUCUAGCACACAGAGUGAUACGUGACCCCCCACCAGCUGCUGCCCGUGGCAAAUCCCACUGCUGAGCUGGGAACAGCAGCACUCCUGGCCGAUGGGAAAGCAAAGAAGGGAAGAUCCAGAUCAUUCUGCUCCCCUUGUACUGAGUUAGUUGCCGCUAGCAGUUAGCUUUCAUGUUCGAGUGUAAGAUAGGACACCUUCUACCACCCGCUUCGGUCUUUGCACAUUCUGAAGAAGUUCAAGACAGAGUUUAUAUCACUGCCGAGGGAAGCAAAGUUGCUCACAAAACCAUUCACCCACACAAGUGGUCACAGGAUGAUCUUUCUGCAGCCAAAGUCCCACCCUCUUUCACUCUUCACAAGCUUUUUUAGGAGUGAUUUUAACUUGGACCCAUAAAAACAGCAAGAUUUCACUUAUGGGAAGAAUUGCAUCCCUAAAUAACUGCAGUUUUGGUCAUCUUCAGCUUUCAAAGACCUAGCCAGGCCACCCUGACAGCUCCGGACAGCCACAGGAAGGUUGGCUUUAGGAUGGCUUUUGCUUUCGACAUCAACAACAGAGACCACCAGGUCACAUCUCCUCCUCUGAGGGGCCCACAACCUGCAAUGGGAAAGACGCGAUGUUCCAUUGGUCAGGAUCCCCUCUUCUGCUUUUGGAAGAAGAGGGUGCAAGACCCAAACUCGGGUUCACCGGCUCUGUGGCUGGUAAUGACAGCCAGUGACUCUGCCUUUCUGCAAAAAAUGAAUGUGGGAAAGUUCCUUCUUCCUCCAUAAAUCAGAUUAGGUGAAAAAUUACUAAAAGGCCAUCUCCAUCAUUCACAGGCACUUCCGUAGCAACUGGUGCAGAACUGCUCAGCUGAGCAAUUCACAGUCAAUGCGGAAGGACCAGGACAGCAACAGUUCCCACAGCCCUGCAGAUGCUGCUGGAGGCAGUGAUAGGAAAUGCUUGCCAUCCCUUUGCAAUAUAGGGUACCACUGCUCAGAAAUUUGAGUGGUGGCUUGGUUUUUUUCACCACAGCAAUUUAGAAAUCAUCCUGCUGCUCACAGAAGGAUUUGGACUUAACCUUCCUGUUCAUGCACAGAAAAAGUAUAAGUCUUAGCAUAGAGGCGUGCACUACAUGAGUCUUGGAAUGUCUACGUUAUCAGGCAAAAGGCUAAUUUACACUUUGGGCCUGCCCAUGCCUUGGCACCUCUGCACCAACUACCCAAAGGAAGGAGACAAGACGAAUGCCAAAUGUGGUGACAGUCGUAGUAACCGAACACCUUGCCCCAGCCUGCAUUUUACACAGCCUUUUGUGCAAACUUUACGCAUCAUCUUCCCCACCUCCAGCCCAGAAAGUCAUUGUAUUUCCAUUAUUCUGAGACUCAGCCUAACUGCAGUGCUUUUAGAGUCUCCUUCCAUUCUCCAAAUAGUGAUACCAGGUUUUAAAUGUCCUCUCACAUUAAGGGCAGGCAGG